UGCUCCAGAGACGCUUGCCGGCGCUGUGUUCUUUGCGGCCGACUCCCGUGAGAGCGCCGGGCUUCCAGCAAGAUGGGACCGAAAGGAAGAAAAUCAGCGAAAAGUCCGCCUAUUUUCAGCCAUGAGUUUAUCAUCCAAAAUCAUGAAGAUAUUGUGUCCUGCAUCGCAAUGGUGUUUAUUGUGGGAUUGAUGUUCCAGGUAACAUCUCCAUUUGCCACAAAAUUCAUCGCUCUCCAGCACAAUGUCACCAUCGAGAAUGAGAACGAGCCUCCAGUGUUCCUGUAUACCAAUGGUAUCCAGGACCUGUGUGUCAUCUUCUUCUACUUCCUCAUCUGCAUUGUUAUCCAUGCCAUCGUCCAGGAGUUUGUUAUUGAUAAAAUCAAUAAGAAGAUGCACCGGAGCAAGACGCGUCACAGUCGGUUCACCGAGUCUGGUCAGCUGCUUGUGUUCUACCUGACCUCGGUGGCCUGGGGAGGACACAUCAUAUUCAGGGAGAACAUUUUGACCAACAUCAGCUCGCUGUGGGAGAACUACCCGGAGGGCCACACCCAGAUGGCCUUCAUGUACAAAUUCUUCUUCAUCACACAGAUCUCCUACUGGCUGCACACUUUCCCCGAGCUCUACUUCCAGAAGGUCCGGAAGGAGGACUGGCCGGCUCGCAUCCAGUACGCUGUGCUCUACCUGGUGUUCAUCACUACCGCCUACGUCACCAAUCUGACGCGCGUGGCGCUGGUGCUGCUGGUCAUCCACUACACGGUCGAGGCGGUGGUGCACGCCUCCAGGCUGCUGCACUUCGCCGACAAAACCGAGAUGGCCGCCAAAGGGUUCCUGCUGUUUAACGUACUGUUCACGUUGGCUCGCCUCUCCACCAUCGUGCUCUCGGUGCUGACCUUCUGGUUCGGACUGGCGCGCUCCGAGAACCCGGGUCUCGACCUGGCCACCGGCAACUUCAACACCUACCUGGUCAGGGUCAACUGUCUGGCGGGCAUCUGCCUGCUGCAGGCCUGGAUGAUGUGGCACUUCAUCACCUACCACCUGCGGCGCAUGCGCGAACAGGCCGCCCUCAAACCGGCCCCCAAGAAGGCGGCGCCCGCCAAGAAGGACAAGAAACCCAAGGAGAAGAAGACGUAACUGGCUGACGCGCGGGUGUUUCUCCCUGUAGGCAAGAAACAGCUGGACGAGGAUGUCUCCGAGCUGCCCGAGGUCGAUCAGAACACUAAGAAGCAGCUGAGACAGCGCAAGUAGGCGCCGCCGGACGCACGGCGCGGCGCGGCGCGCACAUGACUAUUUUUGGACCUGUGAGGCCGGGCGCGGCCCGGGGUGGUCUGGGAGACUGACUCGGUAGGCCGCUCUCUCCGGGGGUAGUGGUGCGUUCUCUGACGGGUGGCGGGACACUGGUGACUGGACGCCGCGCCGGCCGCCCGACCGGGCCCAUUCCAGGUGUGAGCGCGAGCCGCGGCGGGCGGCGCCGCCGGCCGGGCCGGGUUUUAUUGACCGUUGCGCUGCGUUGUUGUUCGGGCUGAGCGGCCUGUGGCUGGGUUGGUGUGACAGGGGGGCUCGCCUCUCCGCUGUCGGCGCGUUGUCGUCCCUGUUGUCUGUAAAUUAUCGUGUGAAGGCCGGCGCUCGGCGGCGGCCGGCGCCCCUGUCCCGGGGCUCGGUCGCCGCCGGCCUGCGCCGAAUACACGGGAGUAUUGCUGUUUC